AGACACAACACCCAAAUAUAAUAAUAUCUUAGUUGCAAGAAACAAUGGAAAAAUUGUUAAAAAAACAACAACUGUCAAGAAAACCACUCCAUUCAAGAGACCAAUGCCAAUUAACAGCAGAAAAGCAGAUAUAACAGAAAAUAAAUCUUUCAAACCCAAAUACCAAAAGUCCAUAAGUGUGCUAAAAGCAAAUAUAACUGACAUCAGCAUAAAAGAAAUCCUUUCAGAUACUGAGAUGGAAGAGCCAACAGAAGAACCAAACAUCAUGGCUAUUUUCAGUAACUAUACAGAUGCUAAGAAAGCAUGUAUACAUCCAAUCUUGAAGUGCAAAAACUCCAAACCAAGAUUAGUACCGACACUUAGCACCUACAAAAUUAAUUGCAAAUUAGUCAGAAUCUGGGAUAUUUCCAAGAAAGAUAUUGCAAUAGGAUUUAUUAAAUUUGAUCUUAUUGAAUACAUCAAGAUGCAUACAACAGGACUACACAAGUUAGCGGUAGUAACGACACAGCUAUAA